AUGGGCGAGGACGAAGAGUUAGUAGCAGUGUCGUCUGGGAAUACUCCCACUCCAACGGGCCCAGACCGGGUGGCGCUGCCCUCGCCGCAGCCGUCGGGAUGGAACACACCUGCGAAUAUCCAGGCACUGCGCGCCUCAGAGGUCACCAACGGUGCCUUUUCCCCCUCGGUCCUCGCGUCGGGCGCGUCAUCCCCGGUCCCAGACAGCGCCAGCACCGCCACGCCCAGAGCCAACCCACCUGCUCGUCGUCCGUCUCGUGGGGCCGCAGCAGCAGCCAAGCUCACUGGAGCAGCCGCCUUUAAGCGCAUGUUUGGGUCCAACACAAGCACACCCGCCAUGACCCCACGCACACCCUCGACCGAGACGACAGGACAGGACAGCCUCCUCAACGGCGCCAACAAGCCACCGCCCACGCCCGACUCGGAAUCAGAAACGACGUCGGACCGAUUCCGAUCCAAUCCGCCCAGCCGCGCCCAGUCGUUUUCCAGCGAACGGCCCAAGCCACCCAGCCGUCCGCCCUCGGUGUCCGGCGACCACCACAAGUUCAACCUCAAGGACCUCCUUGCCGCCGCACCCAAGCCUGCCCGCAAGUCUUCCACCGGAGGCAGCCGCAAGUCCGACGCCGGCUCCGAAAAGGCCCGCUCCGUCGUCUCGGGUGGCAGCGGGCGCCACCUCCAUCGUCAAGCUCGCACACAAUGGGACCGCACAGAGGAGAAGCUCUAUGCCGUCAAGGAAUUCCGCAAACGCCGCAAAAACGAAACAGAGAAAGAAUAUGUCAAGAAGCUCACCUCGGAAUUCUGCAUUUCCUCGGCCUUGCAUCACAUCAACGUCGUCGAAACCGUCGACCUCGUCAAGGACGAGAACCAGCACUGGUGCGAGGUCAUGGAGUACUGUCCCGGUGGCGAUCUCUAUGCUGCCAUCAAACGCGGCGGCAUGAGUCCCAGCGAAGUCGAGUGUUGCUUCAAGCAAGUCUUGCAGGGUGUAGACUAUUUGCAUUCCCAGGGUGUCGCCCAUCGCGACAUCAAACCCGAGAACCUCUUUUUCAACCAAUACGGCCAUCUCAAGAUCGGCGACUAUGGCGCAUCAACCGUCUAUCGCCUCCCCUGGGAAAAGAACAUACACAUGUCUACCGGUUUAUGCGGCAGCGAACCCUACAUCGCCCCCGAACAAUUCACACCCGGGCCCUACGACGCCCGACUAGUCGACAUUUGGGCAUGCGGUAUCGUCUACUACUGUCUCCACUUUCAAGAACUCCCCUGGCGAGUCGCCCAAACCUCCGAUCCGCUCUUCCAAGCCUACCUCACCGCAUGCUCCACCAAGCCCGCUCCCCCAGCCGGCUCCAACUCCCCAGCGCCCUCUCAACCCCCGUUGCCCACCACCAUCUCCAACCUGAGCCCGAGGGCGUGCAGACCCCUGCUCAGACGCAUGCUCGACCCGAAUCCCAAGCUGAGAAUACAGAUCGAGGAAAUCAUGAAGGAUGCCUGGUUGGCGACUGUCGAAGUCUGCACCGACAGCAAGAAACCCGGCCACGUCCAUUCGUUUGCCCAGCAGAGAGCCCAGCAGGUGUUUGAUGGUCGGGGCGCUUAG